UGACGUGACGUUGAGCCAACAUGGCGACACAGUGCUGAUGUUGCAGCCCCAACAAACUCGUUGGCGACAGUAUUGACACUAACCGAUAGCCCGGUUCCGUUUGCCUUUCUGACACCUGCGUCAAACGCAGGGCCCGGCCGAGGAUGACGGCCUGAGAAAAGAUCGGUCCCUCCAAGAGAUGCAACAACAACAUCAUCUUCAUCUACCACCACCGCCGCCACAACAGACGCAGACAGAAUCCAGCACGAAAACGAAGAGCAUGUUUCUGUCCAGGGCUCUGGAGAAAAUCCUGUCGGAUAAGGAGGUGAAGCGGAGCCAAAACAGCCAGUUACGGAAAGCCUGUCAGGUUGCACUCGAUGAAAUCAAGAUCGAGCUAGAGAAGCAAAAAGAUGGCACAGUGGUCCCGCCCAGAGCUAACUACAUCGAGGCUGAUAAGUAUGUGCUGCCCUUCGAGCUGGCCUGUCAAUCAAAGUCCCCACGGAUAGUCAGCACUUCGCUGGACUGUCUACAGAAGCUCAUAGCGUACGGCCACAUCACAGGCAACGCCCCUGACAGCAGCGCCCCGGGGAAGCGUCUGAUCGACAGGCUGGUGGAGACGGUGUGUGACUGCUUCCAGGGUCCGCACACGGACGAGGGCGUGCAGCUGCAGAUCAUCAAGGCCCUUCUGACGGCAGUCACCUCUCCCCACAUAGAGAUCCAUGAAGGCACGGUUCUGUUGACGGUCAGGACCUGCUACAACAUCUACCUGGCCAGCAGGAACCUCAUCAACCAGACCACGGCCAAGGCCACGCUCACACAGAUGCUCAACGUCAUCUUCACCCGCAUGGAGACGCAGGCGGCCCUGGAGGCCCAGGAACAGGAGAAGGACCGGCUGCCUCUGCCCCCCCGGCCCUCCUGCCCCUCCCCAGGGGGCGUCUCCGGCUCCCCCCGCUCCGACCGGAGCCACACCCCUGACCCCGGCCCCUCCCCCGGGCCCUCCCCCGUCGGCAGCACCCCGGACCUCAGCUCCACCACGCCCCCUGCCCCCGACACGCCCUCGCUCAACGGCCAACCAGAGGAGGGCAGGGCAGAGGAGGAGGUGGAGAAGAGGGAAGCCACACCCCUUCCAGAUGUGUUCGAUGAAGAAGCUCCUGCCACGCCCCCCACAGUGACCAAGGAGAGGGUGGAGGAGGAGAGGGGGGAGGUAGGGAGGGCGGAGGAGGGGGAGGGAGAAAAAGAAGAGACAAAGCCCACAGAAGAAGUUAAGGCGGAGGAGGAAAUGACAUCAUCUGAACCGGAGUCCCAGACACAGACCGGACCAGGAGGGGACCAUGCCUCUCUCCCCCAGCCGGAGCAGGGGGAGGUGGCGCCCCCCAGAGGCAGGGUGGAGGGGCAGCAGAUGAACGGCAUCAUAGAGGAUCGAGGCUCAGUCUCCUCUUCGGACAUCCUGGAUUCUGAGGGUUGCCAUGGAGCCCCCCCUGGUAGCAGGUUCUCUCAUGUUCUCCAGAAGGACGCCUUCCUGGUGUUCCGCUCCCUCUGCAAGCUCUCCAUGAAGCCCCUGGCCGACGGACCUCCAGACCCCAAGUCUCAUGAGUUGCGUUCCAAGGUGGUCUCCCUGCAGUUGCUGCUGUCUGUGCUGCAGGGGGCGGGGCCUGUGUUCCGCACGCACGAAAUGUUUGCCAACGCCAUCAAGCAGUACCUGUGUGUGGCGCUGUCCAAGAACGGGGUCUCCUCCGUGCCCGAGGUGUUCGAGCUCUCGCUCGCCAUAUUCCUCACGCUCCUCUCUCACUUCAAGGUCCACCUCAAGAUGCAGAUCGAGGUGUUCUUCAGAGAGAUCUUCCUCACCAUCCUGGAGACGUCCUCCAGCUCCUUCCAACACAAGUGGAUGGUGAUCCAGACCCUCACACGCAUCUGUGCAGACGCCCAGUGUGUGGUGGACAUCUACGUGAACUAUGACUGUGACCUGAACGCUGCCAACAUCUUCGAGCGUCUGGUGAACGACCUGUCCAAGAUCGCCCAGGGCAGGAGCGGCCAGGAGCUGGGCAUGACUCCUCUGCAGGAACUCAGCCUCCGUAAGAAGGGGCUGGAGUGUUUGGUGUCGGUGCUGAAGUGCAUGGUGGAGUGGAGCAGAGACAUGUACCUCAACCCCAACCUGCAGGCCAACCUCGGCCAGGAGCGUCCGGCGGAGGCGGAGGGGGCGGAGCUGAAGCUUCCGGAACACGUGUCGUCACGGAGGGACAGCAGCAGCUCUCUGGAGUCCACGCUGUCGAGCGCCCAGCAGGACCCUAACCCCGACCCCAACCCCGAACAGUAUGAGGUCAUCAAGCAGCAGAAGGACAUCAUUCAGCACGGCAUCCAGCUGUUUAAUAAGAAGCCUAAGCGAGGGGUCCAGUACCUGCAGGAGCAAGGAAUGCUGGGAGUCUCAGCGGAGGACAUCGCCCAGUUCCUCCACCAGGAGGAGCGCCUGGACACGACCCAGGUGGGGGAGUACCUGGGCGAGAACAUCCGGUUCAACAAGGAGGUGAUGUACCGCUACGUGGACCAGCUGGACUUCUGUGGCCGGGACUUUGUGUGUGCGCUCAGGGUGUUCCUGGAGGGAUUCCGUCUGCCUGGGGAGGCCCAGAAGAUAGACAGGCUCAUGGAGAAGUUUGCCGCCCGAUACCUGGAGUGCAACCAGGGACAGACAGAGUUUGCCAGUGCAGACACAGCCUACGUCCUGGCCUACUCUAUCAUCAUGCUCACCACCGACCUGCACAGUCCUCAGGUGAAGAACAAGAUGACAAAGGAGCAGUACAUCAAGAUGAACAGAGGCAUCAACGACAGUAAGGACCUGCCAGAGGACUACCUGUCCUCCAUCUACAACGAGAUCGCCGGCAAGAAGAUCUCCAUGAAGGAGAGCAAGGAACACUCUAUCACCCCCAAGUCCAGCAAGCACAACGUGGCCAGUGAGAAGCAGAGGCGGCUGCUCUACAACGUGGAGAUGGAGCAGAUGGCCAAGACAGCCAAGGCUCUGAUGGAGGCGGUCAGCCACGCCCAGGCCCCCUUCUUCAGCGCCACACACCUGGAGCAUGUCAGGCCCAUGUUCAAGCUGGCCUGGACGCCCCUGCUAGCAGCGUUCAGUGUGGGGCUGCAGGACUGUGACGACCAGGAGGUGGCCUGUCUCUGUCUGGAGGGGAUCCGCUGUGCCAUCAGGAUCGCCUGCAUCUUCAGCAUGCAGCUGGAGCGUGAUGCGUACGUCCAGGCCUUGGCCAGGUUCACCCUGCUCACAGCCAGCUCCAGCAUCACUGAGAUGAAGCAGAAGAACAUCGACACCAUCAAGACCCUGAUCACCGUGGCCCACACCGACGGGAACUACCUGGGGCACUCCUGGCACGAGAUCCUCAGGUGUAUCAGUCAGCUGGAGCUGGCCCAGCUGAUCGGUACAGGGGUGAAGCCUCGCUACGUCUCCGGGGUGAUGAGGGAGCCAGGGGUCAGAGGUCACCCCUCUGGAGGAGAGGAGUUCAUGACCUUGGGGCUGGGUACCCUGGUGGGGGCUCCAGACAGGAGGCAGAUGGCUCACCUGCAGGAGUCUGUGGGAGAGACCAGCUCUCAGAGCGUAGUGGUAGCUGUGGACAGGAUCUUCACUGGCUCCACCAGGCUAGAUGGAAAUGCAGUUGUGGACUUUGUGCGCUGGCUGUGUGCCGUGUCCAUGGAUGAGCUGGCCUCCUCCCACCAGCCCCGCAUGUUCAGCCUGCAGAAGAUCGUGGAGAUCUCCUACUACAACAUGAACCGCAUCCGCCUGCAGUGGUCCAGGAUCUGGCAUGUCAUCGGAGAUCACUUCAACAAGGUGGGCUGCAGCCCUAAUGAGGACGUGGCUGUGUUUGCAGUGGACUCCCUGCGCCAGCUCUCCAUGAAGUUCUUGGAGAAGGGAGAGCUGGCCAACUUCCGCUUCCAGAAGGACUUCCUCAGGCCCUUCGAACACAUCAUGAAGAAGAACAGGUCCCCCAUCAUCAGGGACAUGGUGAUCCGCUGCGUGGCCCAGAUGGUCAACUCCCAGGCAGGGAACAUCCGCUCCGGGUGGAAGAACAUCUUCUCAGUGUUCCACCAGGCGGCCUCCGACCACGACGAGACCAUCGUGGAGCUGGCCUUCCACACCACCGGACACAUCGUCUUGAACACCUUCCAGCAGCACUUUGCGGUGGCCAUCGACUCGUUCCAGGAUGCAGUGAAGUGUCUGUCUGAGUUUGUGUGCAACGCAGCUUUCCCCGACACCAGCAUGGAGGCCAUCAGGCUGAUCCGGCACUGCGCCAAGUACAUUGCAGACCGGCCGCAGGCCUUGAGAGAGUACACCAGUGAUGACAUGAACGUUGCCCCUGGUGACCGUGUGUGGGUCCGUGGCUGGUUCCCCAUCCUGUUUGAGCUGUCCUGCAUCAUCAACCGCUGCAAGCUGGACGUACGCACACGGGGUCUAACGGUCAUGUUUGAGAUCAUGAAGAGCUACGGAGCUUCCUUCCAGCAGCACUGGUGGCACGACCUGUUCAGGAUCGUUUUCAGGAUCUUCGACAACAUGAAGCUGCCGGAACAACAGACAGAGAAGACAGAGUGGAUGACCACCACAUGUAACCACGCCCUGUACGCCAUCUGUGACGUGUUCACCCAGUUCUACGAGCCGCUCAGCCAAGUGCUGCUGGACGACAUCUACACACAGCUCCAGUGGUGCGUCAGACAAGACAACGAGCAGCUCGCCCGCUCAGGGACCAACUGCCUGGAGAACCUGGUGAUCCUGAACGGGGAGAAGUUUAGCCCUGACGUCUGGGACGCCACCUGCUCCUGCCUGCUUCAGAUCUUCCAGACCACCAGCCCGCACGCCUUGUUGACAUGGCGACCGGCUGGACAGGAAGAGGAAGUCGUGGAGGGGAGACACAUGGACGUGGACUACGACAGCCAAUCCCAAAGCAGCUUUGACAGGGCCCUAUCAGAGCGAGGCGGCCAGAGCCAGAUGUCCACCGCCAGCGACGACAACGCCAGGCUGCCAGACCAGAAGCUGUUUGCAGGACUGCUCAUCAGGUGUGUGGUGCAGCUGGAGCUGAUUCAGACGGUGGACAAUAUCGUGUUCUACCCCUCCACCAGCAGGAAGGAGGACGCUGACAACAUGGCCGCCGCCCAGAGGGACACCCUGGAGAAGGGGGGUCCAGGGCAGGCCCAGGAGGGGGCCCCGGGGCAGGGGGCCCAGGGGAUGUACAGCCACCUGUCUCCUCAGCACCUGUUUAAGCUGCUGGACUGCCUGCUGGAGUCUCACUCCUUCGCCCGGGACUUCAACUCUAACAACGAGCAGAGGACAGCUCUCUGGAGGGCAGGCUUCAAGGGGAAGUCCAAGCCCAACCUGUUGAAGCAGGAGACCAGCAGUCUGGCCUGCAGCCUGAGGAUCUUGUUCAGGAUGUACUCUGACCCAGCGCUGUCCACCAGCUGGCCUGACAUCCACACACGCCUGCUGCUGGUAUGCAGUGAGGCGCUGGGUUACUUCAUCAGACUGACAUCGGAGAGUCACAGAGAGGCCUGGACCAGCCUUCUGAUGCUGCUGCUCACCAGGACCUUGAGACUGCCUGACCACAAGUUCAAGCCCCAUGCGUCCUGCUACUACCCCCACCUGUGUGAGAUGAUGCAGUUUGACCUGAUCCCAGAGCUCAGAGUCGUCCUCAGACACUUCUUCCUGCGCAUCGGCUCUGUCUUCCACAUCGCCGCCGCUGCACCCCCCACGCCUGCCCCAUCCUCCGAGCCCCCCUCCCUCGCCCCUGCGCCUUCCCCCGCGCCCCCCACGCCUGCCCCAUCCUCCGAGCCCCCCUCCCUCGCCCCUGCGCCUUCCCCCGUGCCCCCCACGCCUGCCCCAUCCUCCGAGCCCCCCUCCAUCGCCCCCGCACCUGCCCCCUCCCCUGUGACCCCCGCACCUGCCCCCUCCCCUGUGACCCCCACACCUGCCCCCUCCCCUGCACCCUAGAGAGGGGAGAGAGGAGAGAGGAGGGAGGAGGGGAGGGAUAAGGGAGGAGGAGGAGGGGGUGAAGAGGGGGAGAAGAAAAAGACCACCCGCCUCCUCUCUGUCUGCCUGUCUUCAUGGAGACGCCCUCUGACCCCCCGACCAGGAAGUGAACUGCACAGUGACCUUGACCGGUCUCCCCUCCCAUCAGACCAGAUCUCCAACCACUCAGCAGAACCAGGACUCCAACCAUAACUUAUUGAUGCUGCUCCGUGCGAACAGUAUGUGAUCUUUCUUUUGUUUUGUGUUUUUGUUUGUUGGGUUUGGUUUGUCUUUCUGUUUUUAAGACGACGAGCUAUCAUAUCUUCAUCCAUGUUCAAAGGCAGACAUCAACAUCUGGAGGGGAGGGGAGGAGGAUUGGGGGAGGGCGACAGAGAAAGAGGCACAGUUAAUGUUGUUGUCUGGAAGUACCAGAAGAACACAGACAGAUACUCUCCAUAUUUAGUUAGUUGAUUUCGGUUGUGCCUCUUAGUAAGUCACAAGACGCCUAAAUCAUGACCAGGAUUCCCCAUCAAACCAACCGGUGACAGCAGGUGAUUGGUUCUCUCUAGUUCCUGCCCACAGCUGAUUGGCUCGGCUGAACCGCUUCCCACAGCUGGUUGGCUCUCCCUAGUUCCUGUCCCCAGCAGGUUGGCUGGUUGGCGACUCCAGUGUCACACGUAUUAAUGGAGCACAACAACCUGUUUCCAUGACACUGCCGUUGCCCGGGCAACCCUCGAGAUUCUCCGUCCUGCUACAUAGACAUGCCACUGGUGGGCGCUGUGAGGUGGCUUUGCUCUCGUAUUUAUUUACUUCUUGAUUUGUUUUCUUUUUUUAUUUUAUAUAUAAAUAUAUAUAUCUUUUAUAAUAUGAUCUAACUUAUCAGUUUACAUGAGGGGCUUGACGAUAAGCUGCUUCUGUUAUUGCAUUCCCUCCACCCCCCCACCUCUCACCCCCCCACCUCUCACCCCCCCACAUCCUAGACCUCAGAGGAGAAAUGGAUCUUCCUCAUUAUUCCUCAUCUGCAGAUCUGUCAUCUGAACAUUCACAAGACCACAUAGAAAAAUUCUCUCCUUCCUUCCUUAUUUCAAACGGUUCUAUUUUUCUACUCUACACACACACACACGCGCGCGCGCACACACACACACACUGGUAGCAUUCCUCUCCUAUGUCAGCUUUCCAGCAUAGCUCCUGAAUCAGUAGUAUGUCCCACGCAAGUGUUGUAAUCUAAUUGGAAUGAAGCUAAACCAAAACAUGAAUCCAUAAAUGGUGUUAUGCCCCAUAUGCCCCCACCCACCUCGUUUUUUUUAAGAAGGAUGUAUGUAAUUAUUUAAAGUGCAUUUAAAUAUUUUUGAGAAGCUUUCCUUCCCCUGCAACUAUGGGUCUGUGCUUUGUUGCCUAAAGUAAAGAGGCACGUUAUAAAUACGUAUACAGUAUAUGGAGAAAUGCAGACUGUAAAGUUUUCAUGUAAAAUACAUAGAAAGGUGAUAUACUAUACAUAUUGUGAUGUAAUCUUCCAGGCAUUUGGUGAAGUAAUCAAUAAACCUUGAAUUCUGAACCUUC